AUGUGUCAUGAGGGAGUUAUUUGGAGUAGUGAAGAAGCCUCCCAGUCAUUGUGCAACCCAAUUCUCACAGCCGCAAGAUUGGGGAUUUGCGAGAUUGUCCGUGAAAUUCUGAAGGCCUAUUUCUAUUCUUACACUUUUGGGAAUGAAAACCGACAUGCUAUAUUUCAUCUUGCAAUUUUACAUCGCCAGGAAAAAGUUUUUAAUCUAGUAAAUAAAAUGGACUCGUUUUUAUGGGAGUGGAAAGCGGCCAACAAGUAUGAAAGAACCAACAACAUUUUGCAUUUAACUGCACGGUUGGUAAUUUCAAGUCAAGUCUCUGGCGCAGCAUUGCAAAUGCAAAGAGAGUUACAAUGGUUCAAGUCGGUGGAAAAUUAUGUCCAUCCAUCACUUCAAGAACAACGAAAUGGGUACGGUAAAACUCCUAGAGAGGUGUUUACCAAAGAACACGAGAAAUUAGUGGAAAAAGGUGAAAAAUGGAUGAAAGACACUGCUUCAUCAUGCUCAUUUGUAGCUGCACUCAUAAUCACAGUAGUCUUUGCAGCAGCUUUCACUGUACCAGUGCUGAUGUUCUUGGCAAUCCUCACUUCACGUUACUCCGAAGAUGAUUUUUUAGAGUCACUGCCAAAGAAGUUAAUGAAUUUUACAGAUUUUGGAGCUACAGCAGAACAAUUUUUCGCCGGGGCAGUGAACAUUCUGGAAUUUGGGCUAAAUUUUUCGGUCGACUGGAAGGAGGAAGGAGAGAAGAAAAAGGGAAAGGAGAAUGGAAAAGGAAGAAAAGGGAAAGAAGGGCAGUUUUGACCCCAUUUUCGUUAGAGAAUCGAUUUUUGGGCGUACAUUAUCCGUGGGAGGAGGAGAACCAAGCUUUUUGAGGGCUUUCGUUAUUUGGGACAAGCUUCACGAGAGUGAGUGGAAAAUCCAAAACCCUAACUUUUAUUUUUAGUAAAAAAUUAUAUAAAUGAUUUACUCUAGUAUUAUUAAUGUUUUAAUUUGCUU